UCUGUGAUUCAACAAAGCAAUGCAGUACAAAAAUAGAGGAAAAAAUAUUAGAGUAUAAAAUAUACAUCCUCUUUAUUCAAUAUGCUUUGUCCCCAUAUCAGCCCUUCUACAGCAACAUGAAGUCUUGAAGAAAUGAGCAGAUGCGAAGACUUGACGUCACCUCAUCUGAAUGAAAUGAAAUAGAAGGUACAAAGCAAUUGUAAAGCCCAUGGACAUCCAGACCUCCAGUGCAGUGCUACGGACCUGUGCAAAAGCCAUUGCCAUUUGGAUAAUAUCCAUACUCCUAUCAGUUCCUGAAGCAGUGUUCUCUGAACUGGCCCACAUCAAUGACACAGAUAACGCCACUUUCACAGCAUGUAUACCAUACCCCAUGACAGAUGACAUGCACCCAAAAAUCCAUUCUGUGCUGAUUUUCCUUGUGUAUUUCCUUAUUCCUCUUGCCAUUAUUAGUAUCUAUUACUAUCAUAUUGCAAAGAGUUUAAUAAGAAGUGCCCAUAAUAUCCCUGGAGAAAACAAUGAGCACUCAAAACGACUGAUGGAAACUCGGAAACGUCUGGCAAAAAUUGUUCUAGUUUUUGUUGGCUUCUUUGCUAUCUGUUGGUUUCCUAACCAUGUGCUAUACAUGUACCGGUCUUUCAAUUACAAUGAGAUUGAUUCAUCAAUAGGGCAUAUGGUUGUUACCUUAGUGGCCCGAGUGCUAAGCUUCUGCAACUCUUGUGUCAAUCCAUUUGCACUGUAUUUGCUCAGUGAGAGUUUCAGAAGACAUUUCAACAACCAGCUUUGCUGCCGGAAGAAAUCUCAGCGAGAGAGAUCUGCCAGUUACUUGCGCAACUCUUCUGCCAUACAGACAACUUCCCUGAAAAGUAAUACCAGGAACACAGUGACUAGCGUGACACAACUGAAUGGGCACAACUUGAAACAAGAAAUGUCAUUAUGAUUUAAUAGGUGCAAUUUUUGACUACAGAACAAAACUGAACUUUUUCUUUGCAGUUUGUAACUCAAUUUUGGCUCUCAUAUGCUUAGACCAUCUGAACUUGGAGUCCAUUAAAGCCUGUCUAGUAUGAGAUUGUUUCAGAUCAGUCUUAAUGUUAGACAGAAGUGAAGAGCGUAUUUUUUUGAGAAGACAAAGAUGACUGGCUUCAUACCGUGUGUUAAAGAAGAUACUGGCAUACACUUAACAUAUAAGAAAAACAUAAUAGUGUGAAAAUUAGUGUAGCUCAUGUAAUGGUUGAAAAAUGAUAGAUCUUCUCAUCCCAAAAAUAUGUAUUUUCAAGUGAAUAUUCAUCCAGGUACAUGUCUAAUAGAUUUUUUGCAUGAUUUUAGCUGUGUAAUUUAAACAACUAUUUCUCAUAAAGUCUUACAGGCUUUUUUUUGGACAAAUUAAGGAGUUAUUCAAAGUUAUAGAUUUCAGUUUCAGAUAAAAAAUAGAAAUAUAUCAAAUGUCAGCUCUUUACCUCAUUUAAAUCUACCUUGUUUAAUUCACUUUGACAGACAUAUGGAUGAGAGCUUUGGGGUCAUUUAUUUACUAUUUAAAAGUCAGAAGUUUAUGUUCUAAAAUUUAAUUCUGCUACCAUAAAUUUAAAGAAUAUUAAAAUUAAAAAGCAAUAAUAAGAUUUCUCAGAGACUAAUUGAUUUGGGGUCCAAGUACAAUUUGGGAUAGUUAUAAUCAGGAAUCUAGGUACUCCAGUGAGUGUCUGUACUAGUGUUUGAGCUGGGACCAGAGCUACUCCUUUAAAGUCCAUAUCUCAUUCCUGGUUUCAGUUUGCCCCUCAGAGCAAUCUCAUAAUAUAGAACCCAGAUCACUUUCAGGCAAAACCAAACUGAAGGAUGCCCUGCAGAAACAUACCAUACCACUAACGAUCAUCUUGCCCAUGGGACCAAAGAAGCUCUAGUCUGAUAUAGUUCCUAAGGAAUGAAUCAUAACUAACAGCUAGCAUUUUCUGCUCAGUCUUCUUGCACACACAGUUUACAAGUCUAAACACUUAGUACUGUUGAAAACCUCACUUCUUUUCCGUUAGAUUCUUGUGCAUGAAUAACCACUGAACUUCAGAAAACUCUAGCUAGACAGCCUAUAAGAAGAAUAUACAAUUUUUUUUUUUUUAUUUUUUUUUUUUUUGGUGUGAAACAUUCCAGUUCCAUGGUCAACACCAUUUUGUGGCUAUGGAAAGAGUAGUUCUUCAUCAGUCCUCUCCAAGAGGACAAUUUCAGUGUUCUUGGUCAGAGCAGAGCUAGAACUAAAACAGCAGGGAGCAGUGAGGGAGUCUGUGAUUGCCCAUUACUGUCCUGUCCAGAGCACAUCUUGUGGGACAGUUUACUGCUUUCUCUGUUCAUUCAUAGUUCUUUCCGGGAAUAUCUUUCACAAGUUUUGUAAAGCUGCUCUUUAAACCAUAAUAGCAAAGUGGAUCAACUUUAAAAGUCCUCAUUUAAUUUUAGGACUAUUUUUCUUGGCUUUUAUUUUUUUAUUUUUAUUUUUUUUUUAAGGUUGAACCUUUUCAUGAUUCAGAACAAGUAGUCAAGUAGACUGAAGUUUGUUGCUGCAAAAAGUCAUGGAGGGGUAUCAACACAAAAGUUUCUAAACUGUUCCCUGGACAACCUGAUCUAGUGAGUGUCAACCUUACCCUCUGCAAACCUUCCAACCCAAGCCACUCUAAAAUUCUAUCAGUUUGGCUGCAUUAGCUCUUGUUGAAAGAGCUGAUUGAUGGGGUAAGAUCUGAUUUUAUAUGAUUUUAAAUAGCUCUUCCUUUCAAGUGGGUUGAAGCUGCUCAAACACAGAUCUUUCUUUGUUACAACACUAUAACCUACAUUUCUUCAGCAACUUCUAUAAAAUGAAUAGUAGAAAGGACAACAGAAGUUUUGUUUGGUUUUCAGGAUUGGUUGCAAGUCUCAGAUAUUCAAAAACUGACAUAUCAGUGCAGUGUAGCAGCCUAGAGUUCCCUUUGUCCUUGUUAGUGCACUUGCUAAUACUGUUUUAUUUGUAAAUCUGUGGAGCUAACUGAAGUUCAAAAAUUAUUUCCCAGACAUUUAUCUUUAAGGCUACACAUCUACCUACCCCUAUCAUUAAGGCACCAAGAUGUUAUCUGGGUAUAAUCUGGACAUGGUUUAAGCUGGUAAGACCUAUGGUAUAUAACUGCUGCAGCUCCAUACUGCCUGCCCUAGCUAACUACAAUAGUUCAGUGACUUCAGUGGCUUCCUGGGACACUUCACAUGAAAGAGCAGGUUGACAUGAUUUUAUAAAUCUCUCAGGAACAGUUAAGGACUUUGCCAUCCAUAACUGCCUAAUAUUAUUUCAUCCUCCCUGUCUCCAUUUCUCCUAUUCUUCCUCCAUGCCUUAAAUCUGCAUGAGCUUGCACAUUCUCAUAUCUUCUCUUUAACUUUAUGCCACUAUUUUCUGAAUGCCAGACAGUUUUCAGUUUCUCUCUUUUGAUUAGUUUUGAAUUAUUUUUAUCCCCAGAUAUUUUGCACUCAUAAAAUACAAAAUCAUAAAGCCUUCCUUUCUCAGUGGUGAUCAUUAACCAUGAUCAAGUUUCUGGUUUAUUUCUGGAUUUUUUCUGGUUCCCUGCCUCAUUUUAUUUGGCAAUCUCUGCACAGUGUAGAGUUUCAUAGGACUUAAAAUCCAUUGUAUUUUUAUUCCCUAGGGUCAUUUGUCUCAUAUAGACAUCUCUAGAUGAUACAGAUAUCUUACAAGAAAACUACUUAUCUAAUGUUUAGUACAUUUGAUGAUUAUGUUUAAUUUAUACUUCUUUUACCCACUGUCUUAAAUUGCUAUGUGUGGACACUGUUUGUGUGUCUUCUGGGAGAACUGCAAGCUGGAGCCUGUUCUUUUUAACUGUAUGAGAAAGGUACUCCCAGGUAGGCUGUAACUCCUUCUUGACAGGAAUUCAGCAUUAUUUCCCUGCGGCUAAUACUCAAAACCUGUUUUGAGUAAGUAACCUUAAAUGUAUAUGCCUCCUUGCAAACUCUGGUUGUAUGGUGUGUGGAUGUUGCUUAAUUUGUCUGGAACUUUGCUAGGCAUGUAGCUAAUACAAUAUGUACAUUUUGAAAGACUCUGUUACUGUGCUUUUGUACACACUGUAUACAAAUGCAGCCGUAUGUAUGAUGUUGUUUCCAGACAAUGCUGAGUGCUAACAAUUAAAAUAUGGUCAUAGAAUGCA